CCUUUCUUUACCGUCAUCAGCCCCAGGAAGCAUGCUUACACCAUUAUUUGAAUGGUCAAUUAUUGGAGAGUUAUGUGUUGAAAUAAGAUGUUAACAGACGGCAGUUAUAGAGCGUCAUCGCCUCGCAGUAGUAAGCUAUUUUAAGCCAAUCUAUGAUAUAGGGUACAGUGUACAGUUUCUUUAUUGCAUUCUUUCCGAUUAUCUUCUUUUUAUUUCUUUAAGCUUUUUUAAAAUGUCAUGUAGACCAUGCAAGCCUGAACGAAAUGGUCUGUGACUAGUCAGUGAGUCAGUAGAAUGCAGGCUGCUAUGAGGUGUAGCUAUCUACAUUUCCCUCCUCAACAUGGAGAAUAUUGAAGACCGCCUAAGAGUUUUUUGCACGGAAUAUUAUGGCCCGGCAUGACGAGCAGUCGGUGAUUUAGUUCCGCACAACGUGGCAUCCCUUUAAACUUUACAAAAGUGAAUGAGUCCAAUCACUAUGCAAAAACACAACGCGAUGUCUACUUUAAAAUAGGAAUGUACAUGUAAGUAACUAAAUCAAGGCGUUUCAUUGUGUACAUGCUCUUUAUCAUUUCUAUUCCUCAGGCGUUUCUCAAAGUCUGGAUGAGGCACAGAUGUUUACUCUAUUUGAAGGGUGUAACAUUCCGCCCAACUCAUUUUAACCGGCGAAAUAACACGCCUGUCAUUUCCAGCGAUAUAUACCUGGAUAUAUCCUACGCAAAAUGACGGUGAUUUAUGUCAUUACAAGGAAAUAUUUAUCAUACCCACCGUGGGAUCAAUAGCAUUGCUGAACGUAUUAGGACAGAAAGGUACAAUCUGAAGGCGACUGCACUUUGAUCUUUGAACGCACUGGAAAAUACGCGGGUCAUCUCAGUUGAUGUUGUGAUUUUCAAUAAAUGAUGUGGCAGAUGCACUUUGACUGCAGCAAGAAGCGACUUGAUUCAUGUGAGUUGUUGCCAGUGGUGCCUCAGCGGAUGACAGCUGUGCCCUAAAGCCAGACUUGGCGCUGAUCUGACCAUGGCGUCCAGAGGAGAUAACUGGCAGUACCAGGACAGAGAGGCUCAUCAGGCACAUCGCCAGCAGCAGCAGCAGCAGCAGCAGCGUCCCAGAGACGACUACCCCGGGUCCUCUCACUUACCAGGACCAGGACCUCACCCGUCUGUGCACACCAGAGAGAGAGAGCGACCAUGGUCCGCUGUGGACCCCAGAUAUGCUCACUAUCCAGCCAGUUCUGCCCCUAGGCCUGAUCAGACCACUGGCCACAGUGGUGCAUAUCACAGGCCGGAUUACGAUCAUCCACACUCUCGACCCCUUUCCAGGCAGGGAUAUGACCAGACAUACUGGGACUACAGGGACUCCUAUGGGUACUAUGACCCCUAUCAUAGAGGCCAUUAUCAACAUCCGGGUGCUGGUGGUUGGCCACCUCAGGACCAGUGGCGAACAAACCAUCCUCCAGAAAAAAGCUAUGGGCAGCAGGGCUGGAGUGGACCUUCAUACCAAGACUACUAUAGUUAUGACCAAAGAGGGGAGAGUUCACAGUAUGACUACAACCAAUCAGAGGGCAACCACAGGAGGACAAGUGAUGAGUAUGAGCCAGGAGCCCUGGCCGGCUCCAAAACCUCCGGCCUGUCCUCCAGCAGCUAUGAGCUCAGCCAGUAUAUCAACGGAGCUGAGGAGAGCGACUCCAUCCCGCAAUCCUAUUCAGAGCCAGAGACCGUGCCCCAGCUGACGGCCCCUCUGAAGUUCACGCUUCCUCAUGCGGUGGUCAGCUUCGGUCCGGCUGGACAGCUGAUUCGGAUCAGCACUGCUUUUGCCUCAGAUGGGGAGCGGGCCCUCGUGGAGUUCCACAGCCUAGAGGUUAUCCUUGGGGACACACAAGAACAGAAGGACCUACGGGAUUUCCCUGGGCCCCUUGCCAGGCCAGACCUGCACAAGGUGGAUGUCAUCACCUUUGCUCUGCAGAUGGCAGAGGCCUGUCUGAAGGAUGUCAAGCUGCCGGAUGCUGCCUCUGCUGCCCUCCUGUGGAACCUUCUGGUACUGCUCUGCAGACAGAAUGGAAGAAUUGUGGGCUCUGACAUUGCGGAGCUCCUGACGAGAGGCACCCUCCGCCUGGGAGCCUGCGAGGGGUCAGCUGGGCUGGAGGAGGAGGCCAGCCUGAUCGACCUGAGCGAUCGGCCGCCCGAGGAAGAGCCCCUGGACACGGGCGACCUGCUCACAGGAAACCCCCUGGCCUGCCCUGCCGAGUCUGCGGAGGAGGCGCUGAGGCACUACACACAGCUGCUGCUCUCUGGGAGGAAGAAGGAGGCUCUGGAGUCUGCCAUGAAGAGUGGCCUGUGGGGUCACGCCCUGUUCCUGGCCAGUAAGAUGGACAACAGAGCGUACACCACCGUCCUGAACAGAUUUACAGGCUGUCUUUCUCCCAGCGACCCUCUGCAAACGCUCUUCCAGCUGCUGUCCAAGAGAAUCCCGACCGUUGCCACGUGCUGUGGGAGCGACAGGUGGGGUGACUGGAAGCCUCAUUUGGCCGUCAUGCUGUCAAAUGAAACUGAGGACGACGACACGCACCGCAGGGCUAUCAUUACCAUGGGAGACACGCUAGCCUCCAGGGGGCAGCUGCACGCGGCCCAUAUCUGCUACCUCACUGCCCACUCCCCCUUUGGUGUGUACACAAACAAAGCUGAACGCUUGGUGCUUCUCGGCAGCAGCCACAGUCUUCCCUUUCUGAAGUUCGCCCAGACCUCGGCGAUGCAGUGCACAGAGGUGUUUGAGUACAGCCAAAGACUUGGAAACCCAGCCUACGCUGAGGCUCCUUUUCAGGUAUAUAAGUUCCUGUACGCGUGUCGUCUGCUGGACUGUGGCCUUGCCCCUCAGGCCUUCCACUACUGUGAGGUGGUGGGGAAGACUCUGCUCACACUAAAGGAGCCCCCCGUGGUGCUGCUGAAAGAACUGAUUAAGCUGACCGACAGGCUGAGGCACGGCGAGGCCUCGUUGGCAGGUGCUGACGAGGAUUCUGGGGAGCCUGAUUGGCUGAUGCAGCUUCGCACCAGAGAGCUUGGAGCUCAGAUGAAGCACUGGGCUGCUAUUGGCUCGUACCAGCCAGCUGGAGUGGAGAACACUGUGGCCCCUGACGAGAACAGAGGCGGCUCAGGUGAGCUCACAGACAACCUUUACGGCACGGGUGCACUCUCUGCCACCGCUUGCCUGCCAGACCCCCUCUCCAGUGAGGCUUCGGGCGAGUGGCACCCCCAGGUGGGUGCUCCUCCACCAGUGGGUCAGCUGAUGCAGGAGGCCCCAGAGCUGUCAGGCUACAGCCAGCCAAUCAUGCCCCGUCUCGCAGAGCCUGAGUUUGGACAUGAGCCUCCCUCACAGGGUGCGCCUCAGCAUCCAGGUCUCCUCCCCAUCCAGGGCGACUCCUAUUACCAUCCUCCAGCAGACGCGAGUGCAUCCCUGAGCUCUCCUCCGACAGAGGCCCAAGGUUAUGGGCUCUCUGAGGGACCAGGAAUGAUGUCUGUCUACACGAACGGGGCGACCCUGGGGGGCGGUGAUUUGGCCGAGCUGACCCAGAUACCAAACCAUCCAAAGCCCGAAACCGAAGAGCCGGCCAGCAUCCAACCAAGCAAAAGCUCAAAGGCGGGCUGGUUCAGUGGCUGGUUCGGGAAUAAGGCAAAGGACUCAGAGAGGGAGGCCAGCGAUGUUGCCACGCCUUCCACCCCACUUCAGGAGCCAACAAGCAGUCCCACUAUCUUCCUUGGGCCGCCUCAAGCACCAAUAGAAUCUUCUAGACCACUACAUGCUCCCCCUUUGUCCGCAGGUGUUAACCCUUUCUCCAGGCGAGCUGCUGCAGGUCAGCAGCUGGGGGUUCGCAUGACACCAAACCAUGGGUCCAUGCCACAGGGUCCCUAACAUAGGGCAGGCCCAAAGAGUUUCUCAGGAUGAGAGGAAAGUCGGUGAUAACCUCAGGGAUAGGACAGCAGGUGAAAGAGCAUUCGGAGAUGGAUAUCACACUUUGCCCAUAUGUGCCAUGUGCCAAUGCAGGACGGCAGUACUUGCCAGCUGGCACACAAUUCCCUUUUUUGGACGCAUUUUUUGAGGUUUCCGGCCUUUGGACGUGAUGCGCAGCUGGGAAUAUGAGUGCGCGUGUCGAAGAGUGGAGGGGGUAAAAAUGGCUUUUAAGGGCUUGGCCCGGCCUCUCUGAGUAAGUGCAACAGCUGAAGUCUCAUCGUUUUGUGCUGAUGACUGGAGAAAGGGGCAGCUUGGACGGCAGCUAGAGUCCAGACUGGGGUGAUGAGGUUGGUGGGGGACGUUCCCAGUGUGGCAACAACAAGUUGGGGUCAAGGGUCGGGGGAUUGGUUGGGGGGGGUGGGUGUGCUGACAUGCUUGAUGUUCCACAACAGCCUCAUCUUUAGUGUGGCAGGGUGCUUUUGUGUCAUUUGCACCAUCAGCAGAAGGCAAAAGCAGCAUAAACACUUCAGCUUGACCAGAAUACCCUCUUAGACAUUCUUGCACCAACUGCCUAAGCACGAAACAGAGUGAGGGUGCGGGUCCGGGGGGUGGGGGGGGCUGGGGUUGGGGGAGGUAGUCAGGUCCUGCAUGGUGUAUGGUGACAGGCUUGGCUUCGCUGCAUGGCGUUGAUAAGUGCCAACAGCCAAUAACACAUACUUCCCAUACCACAGUCCGCCUGGACACUUUCACUGACUCACUCCUUCUCCCUACUCCAAGCAAUGGAGGAUUUAAGAAAUUGUGUUGAGCCACUCUGUCACUUAGAUUCGCUCUUGAACUUGCACCUUCAGCUUCACCUCAGGCCCUAAAAUGCAAUGUAGUCGAUAAAAGCCAUCAGGUUAUAUUUUAUGAGCACACACUGAGGUAACCCAUAUGGACCAAAAACAGCCAUGUUUAUUGUAAAUAUAAAUAGUCUCUUAAGCCUGCUAUAGUCCCACAGAUAAAUAGUAAGUAGGUGACAAAACAGUAUAUAAUUCCUGUGUCAGUUAUAUUCUCUUUGACUUGAAUUUCUUUAAUCAAUCGUAUGGGUAUAUUGAAUCCAAAGCACAUUGAUGAUGCUUAUCAACAUGAAGAACUCCACAAACCAAUAACCUGCAGUAGAGUACACGAGUAAAGCCUUAAUUGCAGCAUGCAUCAUUUACUUUAGCUAAUGUUUAAGUUUAUUGGACAGUUGUGUUAUUUAAAGGAUCUUUGACAUAAAUGCAAUGUUUAGUGCAUUCAUCAUUAUUAACCAAAGCCCUCAUAAUUUAUAAUUUCUAAUGGUUUGGUACUACUAAAGUUAAUGCUUUCUUCCUGAUAACUUAUCUGCUAACUAAUGUCAGUUAAGGACACCUUAAUGUAAAAGGUGACUGACAUACUUGGUACUUUGUUCUGAAAUGUUGUAUGUGAGUGUACUAUAUACAUAUAGUACAUUCUGCAGUGUAUUAAGUGUACUAAGAAAUGCAAUUCAUUUUGGCUUAUUAUAUUAAGCAAAGUUCUUUCUUUGACAAUGGAAAUCAUAUAAAACAUUCAUGAAGCAGUUGUCUAUCAGUAGAUAUAGGACAUCUUAGGUGCUAACCAUAGAGAAACAAAGUAAAGAAUGAAAUUUUGUUUAAUAAGA